GGAGGCAGGAAGGGGCGGGCAGGGCGCUGCCUGCUCCUCGCCAUUGGGAACCGGCCGCAGGCAGCGGCGGAGCCUGCCCCGAGGAGCCGCGGAGCCGUGCUGGAGAGCGUCCGGUCCCGCAUCCACGGGACUCCGCUUCCCGGUGGUGGGAGAAGAGCGGCCGGACCGCAGCGCCCGGCGGAGGGUGCCCGGAGCCCGGCUGCAGCCCGGAGUAAGAGCCCCGGAGGAGGCUCCAGCAGCGGAGCCCCGGAGCCCGGCUGCAGAGAGGUGCGGAGCCCCGGACCAAAGUCCCGACGGAGGUGUCCGCCUGCAGCCCGGAGCGGAGCCCCGUCGGAGGGUCCUGGAGCCGGGCUGAACCCCGCAGCGGAGCCCCGUCGGAGGGUCCCGGAGCCCGGCCGCACCCGGGAGCGGAGCCCCGUCGGGGCAACUGGUUGCCCGGCAGACAGAGCCCCGGAGCCCGGUCGGAGGAGGCUCCCGGAGCGCUCGGGACCCCGCAAGUUUCGGUGAACGGCGGUGCCCGGGGGCUCACCCCCCGGUCCCUCCAUGGACUGAGAUGGCCUCGGAGCUGGCCAUGAGCGCGGAGCUGCCCACCAGCCCCCUCGCCAUCGAAUACGUGAACGAUUUCGACCUGAUGAAGUUCGAGGUGAAGAAGGAACCGGCGGAGGCGGAGCGGCUGUGCCACCGUCUACCCGCCGGUUCCCUCUCCUCCACCCCGCUCAGCACGCCCUGCUCCUCCGUGCCUUCCUCGCCCAGCUUCUGCGCUCCCAGUCCCGGUGGGCAACCGGCUCCCGGUCCCCCAACUACCACCGCCGCCUCCCUGGGCUCCAAACCGCAGCUGGAGGAGCUGUACUGGAUGUCGGGUUACCAGCAUCACCUCAAUCCCGAAGCUCUCAACCUGACGCCGGAGGACGCGGUGGAGGCGUUGAUCGGUGCCCCUCACCAUCAUCAUCAUCACCAUCAAGGUUACGAGCCUUUCCGACCUCAACCCUUCGGUGGCGAGGAGCUGCCACCGGCCGCCCAUCACCAUCCCGGCCAUCACCAUCAUCAUCAUCACCACCUGCGCUUGGAGGACCGCUUCUCCGACGAUCAGUUGGUGAGUAUGUCGGUACGGGAGCUGAACCGGCAGCUGCGGGGCUUCAGCAAGGAGGAGGUGAUCCGCCUCAAGCAGAAGAGGAGGACCUUGAAGAACCGAGGCUACGCUCAAUCCUGCCGUUACAAGCGGGUCCAGCAACGGCACAUCUUGGAGAACGAGAAAUGUCAACUCCAGAGCCAGGUGGAGCAGCUCAAGCAGGAGGUGACCCGUUUGGCCAAGGAAAGGGAUCUGUACAAAGAAAAAUAUGAGAAGUUAGCCGGCCGGGGCUUCCCAAGGGAGCCCUCCCCAUCCGCCGCCCCCAAACCCGCUACCGACUUCUUUAUGUGAGCCCCGGUGUGUGUGUAUGGGGGGGGGGGGGGGUGUCCCCCUUUUUCCUCUCCCCUCCAUGUGGGGAGAGCAAACCUUCUGCUUGUAUAAAAAAAAAAAAAUAAUUAUUUUUUUCCCCCCUUGAAAUUUUGAGAAGGGGGAAGUUGCAACUCACCACCCCCACCCGUCGGGACUCGGAGCGGGGGGUCCCGGGGCAGGGAUGGGGUGGCGGGGGGGGGGGGGGGGGGGGGGGCGGACCUGGAGCCAGCCUGCAUGCGGGACGUGUACGGCGCGCCUCCCUCCUCCCCCCGGGAGCAUCAGCGCCGUCCAGGUGGCUUCUUCCCCCCCUCUUCUCCCCCCCCCCCCCCUUAUCCUGCGUGUUUCACCCCCCAUUUUAUUUUAUUCUUUUUUCGAGGGGUCUCCAAGGAUCGUCCGGGGGGGUCCCCGGCAGCGCUGCGCCCUGCCCGGCCCCGCCGCCCGCACCCCCCUCCCGGCCGGCAAACCUGAGCCACAUUUAACUUAUUCACCCUUGUAAAUAUGUAGAAAUUAGUUAGUUUUCUGCCUUUUUUUUUUUUUUUCCUUGAGCCUAUAUUUUGCUUGGUGAUUUACGAAAAAAAAAAAAAGACAAAAUCCUUUAGAAAAGAAAAAAAAAUACACGAGUCUUAAAAGUUUGUAUGUAAUAGCAUGCAAAUAAUAUCCGAGUUAAUUUAACGAUGAUGGGAAGAAGCCGAAUGCACUAUAUACAGGAAUCAAUUGGGUUAAAUAAUACUGUUUUAUAGAGAUUUAAAAUUAUCUAUGCUCUUAAAAAUAGUGUGUGUGUGGGGGGGACAGGUAACAAUUCUAGGGUGACCUGAAAGGCAAUAUAGUAAUAUAUGGACUGCAAACGGUUGGCUGCUAUCUCACUAUGCACCAGAUUUAUUUAUUAACCCUCGGGAAACGGAAUAUUAUUUUAACCUCGAUGUUAGAAGAAGGAAAGAAAAUGCACAUUAUUUCUCGCGCAAAAGCAAAUACUACGAAUUCGUGCAAUUGUGCUUGGAGCGAAAGCGGGGCCGAUCCUGCGCGGAGGAGCGGGGUUGUGUUUGUGGUUUGUUUUUUUUUUUUUUUAACAAGUUGCUUAUUUAAAAAAGAAAAACGAUAAAAAAAAAAAAAUUAAUCUUGGGGAAAACACAAGGGUCUUGCGGACAAAGCGAGCUUGGGAGCCUGGUGCAUUUUAGGUACUGAUCGUGCGAAGCGUUUUUAACGACCUGUUGUUUCGAUUUGUGACGGUUUUAACGAUGUUGCAUCAAGAUAAAAACUUAUAUUCAACUAGAGCCUGGGUCGGCUUU